AUGGACGAAACAGAGCGACGAACAGUGAAGCGUUCGCGCUUCGACCAGACAGAGCCGGAACCCAAGAGGACAUCGCGAUUUGACCGUCGCUCUCGAUCUCCCCCGUCGCGUCGCUCUGAGUCCGGAAGAGAUCGCAGCCCCAUUGCAAAAGAUGCAACCCCCGAGGCAAGGAAAUCUCCAACUGAUGCUGCCGCUGCCGCUGCUGCCGCUGCGGCUCGCAUCAACGCGCAGCUCCAAGCUCGUAAGGGAAUUCAGCACGUCGAUGUGCCUCCCAUUAGGUCUGCUGAUACCGACUCACCACCGCCGCGACCAACUUCGACUCCACAAAGCGCAAACAAGACAGCCCCGGCACUCGAUGGCGAGAUGUAUGUUGCAGAUGGCGACUAUAUUCAGGAUAUCGAAGUCAAUGACCUCAGGAAUCGCUACCUCCUCACCAAGGGGUCCACGCAGAAAAUGGUAAAUACUCCUGAUUUCAAGCACACUGAUCCUCCCAGAACCGCUCCUUUGGAUUUAUCUCUGCAAUUGGAUCGAGAGUAUCAUGCUUACAGCUUGAUAGCUCGCUUCAAUACCCCCUUCGUUGCCCCUGCUGACUCCCGCUUGAUUAGAUUAAAGACGAAACCGGCGCUGCAAGAUAUUACCACCCGGGGCAGCUACUAUCCCAACAAGAGUAUGGCAACCGCCGCGAAUCCUCCGCUGUACCUUCACAUCACGAGCACGAGCAAGUCUGGCUUGGAGUCCGCUGUCGCCAAGAUCAACGAACUUAUUCAACAGGAACUCCCCCAGCUUGUCGAUGAAAGGCGUUUCCGCCGUCGAGAUCAGGAGCAGGUUGAACGUGACGAGUUUGGACGACGUAAAUGGCCUGAAGAGAAGAUCCCUAUCAGCCUAGAGCCCGUACAUGGGUUCAAUUUGCGUGCUCAGGUCGUUGGACACGGAGGUGCAUACGUCAAGCACAUCCAGCAAGAGACAACUUGUCGUGUGCAGAUUAAAGGACGAGGUUCCGGAUAUCUCGAGGCAGCUACUAACCAAGAGAGUGAUGAAGACAUGUUUCUCCAUGUGACCGGUCCCGACCCCAAUAUGGUUGCGAAAGCCAAGGAGCUUUGCGAGGACCUGAUCGCCAAUGUCAAAGAACAGUACGAAGAGUUCAAGAGCCGUCCACCGCGCUACGGCGGCGACCGCUAUGGAGGGGACCGCUAUGGGGGUGAUCGCUACAACGGUGGCGGUGACCGUAACCACUCCCAUGGUGGCUCACAUGGAGCUUCUCAUGGCUCAUAUGCCGGCUCUGGCCAUGGUGGAUACGGGUCUAACCAGGGUGGUGCUUCAAACAGCCCAGCCGCUGCUGGCGUGAACAGUCCGACCAAUGCUGCUGACUAUGCCGCCCAGUACGCCCAGUACUACGGUGGUGCAGACCCUUACGCAGCCUAUGGUGGUUAUGCUAACUAUGUUGCUAUGUACCAGCAAUACUAUGGAGCUCAGGCUCAAGCACAGGCUCCCGGUGCUCCUGGUGCCACUCCUGGGCAGUCAGCUUCACCUCCUCCGCCCCCAAGUGAAGCCGCUCCUCCUCCUCCGCCGCCGCCCAGCUCGGCACCUCCCCCGCCUCCCCCUUCUGGGUCCCCUCCCGGAACAGGUGGGAGCUACGGUUCGGUAGCUAACGUACAAUCAACUUUAAGACUGUCGCGUCCGUCGCUCGUUACUCAAUACCCGAUCGAUCCUCCCUCCUCAGUAGGCGCAUCGAUCAAGUCACCUCCGAUCCCUGCUUCGCUCGCGUACCAUUCCGAAGCUGCCUCGAACCCAUCUCCUUUCCUUCUCAGUCCCGCCGUCAACCUUCCAGCAUCGUUUGGUUCAGCAUAUGUUGGCGAGACUUUUAGUUGCACUCUUUGCGCGAACAAUGAACUACCCAUAGAUGCUGCCAAAAACAUUCGUGAUGUGCGCAUCGAGGCAGAGAUGAAGACGCCCGGAAUGGGUGCUGUUCAGCGCCUUGAGCUUGGCCCCUCAGAUGGCCAACCUGAAGUUGAUCUUGAGUCUGGAGGGACCCUGCAGAAAGUGGUCUCGUUCGAUCUUAAGGAGGAGGGCAACCACGUGCUUGCGGUAACAGUGAGCUACUACGAGGCGACAGAGACAAGUGGACGAACAAGAACUUUCCGAAAGUUGUACCAAUUUAUCUGCAAAGCUUCGCUCAUCGUACGCACCAAGGUGGGUCCCCUGAACUCCAACAACACUCUUGAGCACGGGCGAUGGGUGCUCGAGGCGCAACUGGAGAACUGUAGCGAAGACGUGGUGCAGCUGGAGAAGGUGGUACUAGAUACGGAGCCUGGGCUGCGGUAUCGAGACUGCAACUGGGAGGCGAGCGGGAGCGAGAAGCCGGUGCUGCAUCCGGGUGAAGUGGAGCAGGUUUGCUUCGUGGUCGCGGAGGACGGCAUCGAGUCGGGUCUGGAGGUGACACCCGACGGGAGGAUUAUCUUUGGAUCAUUGGGGAUUGGAUGGAGAGGUGAGAUGGGAAACAGAGGAUAUCUGGCUACCGGGAAAUUGGGCACAAGACGAACCGCAGCACGAUGA